GCUAUUACUACUACUACUUCUCCUAUAACACCUACACUGCUGCUACCACGACCACUUCCUACUGCACCCACUCGCCGCUUAUCGCCGUGGCUAGGGUGCGCCGUUGACAUCACGGCGUGUUGGUGUGUGUUCUGUUAGCGCGCGACAUUGUCGACCGGGGCUCGAUUUUCCAUCGCAUUACACAUCCACGGCCUCCCGGACUUGUUCAGCCACGGCCAUGCAGGCGCAUUAAUCUCUAAUCCCCCUCACUAUGUUUGGCAAACGAAGACGCGCAGCGUCGAAUCCACCCCUACCGCGGGUGUCGCCCGCCCCGAACGCAUCCGCCUCGGUCGCCGCAACAAAGGCCUUUCUCAGCAGCCAGCAAUCCAAUGGCGCCCUCUCUUCCGCCGCCGCCGCCGCCGCCCUCCGUUCGCACACGCCGACGCCGACGCCCGUAGGCGACACCGUCACCAAGCGCAUGAUGCGCCGCGGGUCCAUGUCGUCCAACGGCAGCGCCAUGCCACAGCGCGGGGGGCUGGAGCGGCGCGGCAGCUCUGGCUCCAUGACGGAGCGGUCUUUUCGCGCCGGCAACCCCGCCGAGCCUGUUCCCCCUGUGCCCUCGGUGCCGAGCAACCUCAGGGGCGGCGGCACGCUGCAUCGCCGGUCGUCCAGCCACGAGCCGGUGUAUCGAGUGGCGUCUCCCGGGCCGCGCGGUGGAGGGCGCGGUAUGAGCCUGGACCGCGGCGCUGGGGACCUGGGGGGACGUGGACAGCAGCGACCCGCGAGCCACCUCAUGCAGGUUGUCGAGGACGACCAGGACGACGCUUCGCCCUCGGUCAACUUCUCGCGGCCCAUGUCGCCGGGCGCGAAGCCGUCGCCACCCAUGAGCCACGGCUGGUUUGCGGCGCCCGUCGUCGACCAGGGCGCGGUGCAGCGCGUGGCCUCUCCGGCGUCGCAAAGACGCCCGCACACAUCGUCGGGCCUGACGGGCUACCAGGCCCACGAGACGCAGCACGCCAUCCAGAGUGCGGCAAACGCCCCCGUCAAGACGCACCGCACGGCCUACAGCGUCGAGAGCGCCCGGCUUGCGGGUGGCAGCAUGCGGGCACAGCCCAAGGGGACAGCAGUGCAGUCCAGGUCAUUUCUGCCGCCCGCGACGAGACAGGCCCCGCGCAUCGUCGACCCAAAGUCGCCCAACGCCGUCUACGACCCGGACACGCGGAGCUUCAUCCACAAGCAGGACGCCAUGGCCCGCCACCGCGAGCUGCACAACGAGCCCGAGCAGCCCGCCCAGCACUACGUCGCACACCACAUCGACAGCCUGCGCCCGCACCCCGUCGCCCAGUCAGGCACCAGCAGCCGCCGCAGCCCGGGCCCCCUCCGCCCAGCCGUGGAGCGACCGUCCACGCCCCCGUCGUCGGCCUCGUACGUCGCCCAGCUCACGGGGAGACCGCAGCAGUCGGCGCGUUUUGCUGGCGCUGGCGCUGACACGGACGCUGACAGCCCUCGCACCGUGUCGACUGGCCCGAGUCGCAGAUCAGAGGACGCUCCCGUCACCCCUGCCCGCAGCACGGCAGCCAGUCAGGACCAUGCAAGCACCCGCUCGGCCAACGACAGCCACCUGAGCCCGCCCCGCACCGCCCACUUCGCCUCUGUCGCGGUCGAGCUGGGAGCCGAGAUGCACCAGCCACUCCCGCGCUCCUCGUCUCCAUCCAAACCUGCCUUGAAGCACUCGCCGUCUGUUUCGUCUCGCCCCCGCUCUCCUGCUGCGUCGAGUGGGCGCCUCCUCGGCAGCCAAGCUGCAAGCGAAACCUCGGAUACAAUGUCAGAGGAUGGCUUCAGGAGGAAGAAGAAGAACAUUCGGGUCAGCUUCGACGAGACACCUGUCGUGAAUUCAUACACCGAGCCCGAAACACCUCUUACCCCGCCGACUUUAGUGUCCCAGAGCCGAGACGAGUUUGGAGACUUCAUGCAGCCGCGGCCAGCUCUACCCUCAUUUGGCAGCGUUCGGGACAAGGAGCCUCGACGCGACCAGGAUGACGUGCCGCAAAAGGUCACCGAAACCGUUUCCACCCCCAUGUCAGCUUCUGUGAGCUCAGUUGGAGACCCACUGGCUGCCUCCACCGACUCUGCACUAGCCGGCAUCAUGGCUCGAUACCAUGCACAGAGACAAGUCGACGCCUCCACGAGAUCCGAAUCCCUCGCACCUGGCGUCACGCCAAACGAGGGCAGUGGCUACGCCUCGGACUCCAGCACCUACUCGCAAGCAACCGACAAAAGUGUCGGCAUUCAGAAGCACGGCGGCUCGUUGGAGUCAUCGCAACAUUCUGGCGCCGUCGGGCUUGAAUCAUCGAUCAAGCCAACUGUGCGGGACACCGCUGCGCCUGCGUUGCCCACAAGUCGCAGUUCAGAAAACAAUGCGGAUGUGCCAGCCAUUGCCCUUCUGCCAGCAACGCCACGCGCAUACGACAUCCCCGAACCGAAAUAUCAAGACGUAACGACGCCCGGAGACUUGAAUGAUGAUAACCGCAAAAGCCAAAACAAGCAGACAGAUUACGCCCCGAUGGCUUUCAAGGAUGUGUCUGUCGAGCCGGAGCAGCAGACGGGGAUAUAUUCCCAACAAGCUGACAACACCGACGACGAUAGUAGUGUUUACAGCGAUGCUUACGAGGACCUCACAGACGCGGAGGGUGGUUUUGCUAGCAUCGAUGCAGUUGCCAACAGCCCUGUCAUCUCUCCAUCUUCUGGCCUGCUGUCCUCAAGGAGUGCUGAAAGUCCCUCGAAGCUUCGACAAGGAACCACUGCAGAGGGCCACGAUUAUGCCGACGUAACUCCCAUGCAGGGUUGGGAUGCUGCCAGACAACAUUGGAGUGGUCUCAACCAGGCCCGACAGCAGUCGCCGCUUGACGAGUCUGCUGUAGGAGAACAGUCACAAGCUGCAGCCGAGGCUUCUCGCGCCCUGCAAGCUUCCACCGACCAGCAGGAAACACAUGUACAGCAUCAGGCCAUGCCUGAGGCAGCUCCUAGAACUUCCACGUCUUCGCAGGUCUCCCCAUCGCCAAGCAAGCCUCUCAAGUCAGCCUUGAAGAAGAAUCUUACCCCUCAAUCAGCACCUCCAGCUCAACCUCAGAUGAGGAAUACAAUGAGAGGCGCAGCGCCCAACCAACGACUCUCAUCCGGACCCCAGAUGAAAAAGACUAUGCGUGCCGGCACGGUUAUCAACCCAACCUCACAACCCGAACACCAGAUGCGCAAGAGUAUGCGUACAGCUGACUCAACCCCCACGCCUGCUGUAGGUCUGGCUGCAUCGCGCUACAGUACAUUACCCACAGAGAAGGCAGAGCCUCGUGGAGCGCUCCAGAAGAGGCAUAUUCCGCUUGCUCCUAGACCACAAAGCAUGGCUGCCCCUGCUUCCACGAGAGCAACGGCUCCAGUACCUACGUAUGAUAGUGACUCGGAUGCCUCAGUCAGUAGCUUCCAGCGUGAACGAGCCCAAAAGCGCGCUGCGCGAAACCAGGGUGGGCAGUACACAAUGCGCAGUUCCAUGAGAGGAUCAGGCCCCGCGCCGACCAUGCGAGCAAGUGCACCAGCUCCUAUUCGUUCCAUCUCGCCUCCCGCAUCUCCGCCGCCUACACUCCGCAGAUCGUUACGGCCAUCAUCGCCGACCAAUGGCACUGCGCCGUCUUCGAGAUUCAGUAUCAGAUCGUUGUCGCCUAUGGGGAGAUUUAGAAACAGCAAGGCUGAUGAUAUUAGACCAUCUUCACCCAUAAUCCCAAAGAAGAUAAGCGUUGAGAAGCAGCCCAAAACCAAAGCACCAGCUACGAUGCGCUCUAAGGCUAGCCGUUUCGCGGACUCCAGUGACGAAGACAAUGAUCGACCUCGCCGCUUCCAAAGCCGGUUUGCUGAUUCUGAUUCCGACGAUCCAGCUGACUACGAACUCCCAGCUGACUUGGCUCCGGUGCGCGGCAUCCCCAGAAAAGCCGGCACAGAAGAUGGUGAUUCGACAGAUUUGGAGGAGGAGGAAGCAGAAAAUGAACCAAUCCCGUCUGCCCAGAGCAAAGCAGCAGCAAAUGUAAUGACUACCAGCCCCACAAAUGGAAACCCAAACGGGCAAGGCACGGCUCUAUCUGCAGGCUCCCUGCGCGACAGCAAGUAUGCCCCUACGUCACCCGCAGCGGGAAUCGACAAUAAAGUGAAGGCGAAGCGCAGCUUCUUCGGCCUUGGGGGAAGAAAAAAGACUUCCGACUCUAUCGCAUCCGUCUCGCAGACACCCUCCGCACAAGUCGACAUCCCCAUGCCUCCUCAACAACGUAACCGUGACCUCGGCCUCCCGCUCACUCCAAUUGACGAGGACAAGGACAUCGGCGCAGUGCCCCUGGCAUCCCUACUCUCUACCUCGCCAAAUCAAAAACGAGCACCCAAACUCCAGCGCCACUCCACUCCCGAGUGGCCCUUGCAACAACUCCCUUCCGUUCCCCCAAUUUCUGAUGACGCCCGGCCGUUGAGUUCAGAUGGCAUCGCACCCCGACGACCUCGGUUUCAGAGUGGCAGGCGUUCGAGCCAGUUGAGCCAUGAUACGACGAACACGGCGCCCAUUGUGGAUGGGAAUGGACGGAGUGUGUCCUAUGGACGAAGUGGGAAGAAGAAGAAAUUUCAGGGGCUGAGGCGGGUUUUUGGAUUGACUGACUAGACUUGGUCGAUUCAUGACUGACGUGGGUUCUAGGUAUGUGCGUUGUGGCUUUGUAAGCAACGAACGGAAAGCGUCGUCAGAUUCUGCGCGCUCGAAUCAGUCACAGAUAUUUGUCAAUUCUUUUGUUUCGAGGACGUCAAUUAUCUUGAUGGGAUGCUAUCGUCCGAGCAAAUUUUCGGGAAGAGAUUCCCAUCAACCACCACUUUAGUGUGGCUCUUUACGUUGGACUCACCAACAUUCUCCUAUGUUAUUCUCAGCAGGUGGUGGUUUGUGGAUUUUCGCGCGACAAUGAUACCAUUGGAGAUAGGGACACGUGCGCAUCGACGCAGCGACUUUCGUUACUUGUUUGUACAUGCUUGGAUAGGUUGAUGCCAUGUGCAUGUACAUAGAUAAUUUUUAAUCAUCCCUGCCU